AUGGCUGGCGCGCACGCCGGAAGCGAGUGGCUCUGGCUGGGUGCGAUCCGAGCCUGCAUCACCGACAUUGGAGUUGCGAGCGUCCCGCUGGAAAAAAAGAGUUUAAUACGAGCCGUUAAUCCUCGGUCUCACACGUGGCCGCGUUUGGUUUACGAGGCGAGGAGCUGGACUAGUCUGAACGCUGGUGUGUUCCUGAUGCGGAACUGCCAGUGGUCCCUCGACUUCAUCGAUCGGUGGUCGAGGAUGGGGCCGCAGUCGCCGGAGUAUGAGCGGUGGGGAUCGGUGCAGAGGUCGGUUUUCAAGGACAAGCUGUACGCGGAGAGCGAUGACCAGACCGGCAUUGCGUAUCUGCUGUUGAAGGAGAAGGAGAGAUGGGGGGACAAAAUCUACCUAGAGAGCUCCUUCUACUUCGAGGGGUAUUGGGUUGAGAUCGUGAACAAGCUGGAGAAGAUCGAGGAGAAGUACUUGGAGAUUGAGAGGAAGGUGAAGGGGCUGAGGAGGAGGAGAGCGGAGAAGGUUUCAGUGGCUUAUGGGAGGUUGAGAGAGGAGUUUCUGGAAGGGGAAGGGUUAAAGAGCGGGGUUAACGGGUGGAGGAGGCCGUUCAUAACUCAUUUCACGGGGUGCCAGCCUUGCAGUGGCGAUCACAACAAGCUCUACUCAGGGGAGAAUUGCUUCGAGGGGAUGCAGAAAGCCCUCAAUUUUGCCGACAAUCAAGUGCUGAGAGCUUACGGGUUCACGGCAACGAGAGGCUCGUCAACAUCGACACCGGAGUCCGCGCCGCUGCCGUUUGAUUUUCCCGGCGGCCGACUGGAGGAGGGGAGGGUGUUGGAGGUUAUUUGGCGAUUAGGGAGUAAUAAUGAUCAGGUAUAGUGUAGUAGUUUCAUGUAGAUUUGGGGUUAUUAUGGUACAGGUUCCUUUUCUUUUGUUUAUUUGUGGGGGCUUUUUAUAUGAGAAUAUAUGCUGUUUGCUUUUGUUCUCUAUGUUCUUAGUACCGUUAUGACUGUUAGGAGAUUAGGGUAUAAUUGAGUGGCAUAUAAUUUGUGGGUUAAUCGUACUAUAGUGAUUUUAUUGAUAGUUUAA